GUUCACAUGAUUUACAAUAUGGCUUUGAUUUUCUUAUGUUAAUGGCUGGUAAAGAACUGAAACAUGUAGGCUGGAGAUCACUUGAUAGAAAUCAAGAAAUCUCUGAUCUACAUUGUAUGAGAAAAUCAUGAAGUGGUUGUUGUCAUUGAUCCAGAAACUAAGUUGCAAUCUGUCUUGAUAAAUAUAUCAUACAGAUUUAAUGGUGGCCUACUCAACCCGAGGCGGCUUAAAGCAAAAACAAAAACAAACGCAGCAGUAAUCAGAGACUUGCUAUUUGCUGACGACUGUGCCCUAAAUGCCUGCUCUGAAAACGAUCUGCAGAGCAUCGUCAGUGACUUCUCAAGAGCAUGCUCAGACUUUGGCCUUACCAUCAAUACGAACAAGACUGAAGUCUUACAUCUACCUGCUCCUGGGAAAGCCUACAUGGAUCCAAGCAUUACUAUAAAUGGACAGGAUAUAAACGCAGUGGACAAAUUCACAUAUCUUGGCAGCACACUCUCCAGAAAUGGAAAAAUCGAUAGUGAAAUCGACCUGCGUAUCGCCAAGGCCAGUGCAUCCUACGGCAGAUUGUCUACAAAUGUCUGGAACAGACGUGGUAUCUCCACAAACACCAAGCUAGGGGUCUAUAGAGCCGUCAUCCUCCCUACAUUGCUAUAUGCCUCAGAAACAUGGAGAGUGUACAGUAAACAUGCAAAGAAACUAAACCACUUCCACAUGACAUGUCUGAGAAAAAUACUAAAUGUCAAAUGGCAAGACAAAAUACCAGAGUGUGUCUGCAAAGCAUCCACACAAUCCUGAUGCAGUCCCAGCUGCAAUGGGCAGGUCACAUCUACAGAAUGGAAGACCACCGCAUCCCUAAACGACUCCUGUAUGGCCAACUAAGCAAAGGAAAGCGCUCGCAAGGUGGUCAAAGAAAGCGCUUCAGGGACACCCUCAAUGCUUCUCUGAAGGCGUUCAGCAUAGACCCAGGCACCUGGGAGACAGAGGCACAUGACAGAGCAUCAUGGCGUCGCGCUGUGAAAACUGGCGCACAGGUUGCUGGGGAAAAAAGAACAAUGCUGGCAGAAGAAAAACGCCAGAAAAGAAAAGCAAGGCCCACGACACUAGCUCCAGCUGGAAUAACCUGCCCAGUGUGCGGCCGAACAUUCCGGGCUCACAUAGGUCUCACCAGCCACAUGAGGAGGCAUAAAACCCCAGUGCAAAGCCCUCAGCCCCCUGGAUGACAAAGUGGUCAUCAUCGAACCACGAUGGACGAACUAUAAGUUGCAAUCUGUCUUGGUAAGCAGUAUUGAAGUUAGGGUGAUAGCUUUUUUGGUCACAAUAAUUUAUUUUGAAAAUUAAAGAAAUUUUUUUUGCUUUAGUAGACAGAUUUAUAAUCAUUAAACAUUGUUUUAAAUGUCUAAAAGAUUAAUUAAAACUUGUAAAACUGUUGUGAAAUUAUUUUC